UUAUAAAUUUAAAUUUGUAUCGCUAGGUUGGGUGAAGGGAAGUCAUCACUCCAAAGCGCCUGUCCACGCCGCUUUCUCUCCUCACCGCCGUCGACUCGCCAUCUCGCACACAGACAAAUUGGCACAAGAGAAUGAAGGUCAAGAUUAUACAUGGCAUGCUGUUGCUUCUUGGACAUGGGAUGCCCAAGACGAGACUUGUGGUAUUUGUAGGAUGGCAUUUGAUGGUUGUUGCCCUGAUUGUAAACUCCCAGGAGAUGACUGCCCCUUAAUUUGGGGUUCUUGCAAUCACGCAUUCCAUCUUCACUGUAUCUUGAAAUGGGUGAAUUCACAAACUUCACAAGCACAUUGUCCCAUGUGUCGUAGAGAAUGGCAAUUCAAGGAAUAAUUCUUGUUCAUUUCUAUACAUAUAUAGUUAUAUGUAUGUCUCAACUCCACAGCUGUGUUUUAAGAAUGGCAAAUUUUAUUGAGCACAACUGAAAUUCAAAUCUGAAUCAUGUUUUUUGCGGUGGGAAUAUUGUAAAUCAAAUCGUUCAGUUCCAUUCUUGAUGUAUCACAACUUUUUUGGUUUAUUAGCUUAA